UAAAUCUACACAUUGAUGAUAUAUACGGUCGAUGUGCUUAUAUAGGCGUAUGUUGUGACGUAUCCGACUUAUGUUCGCAAUUUGGAUUUCGUGCCUACCGUGACUGUAUCUCUCCGUAUUUUGUUUUAUAACUAUUUUAAUUCGUGUUAAUCUAUGCUAUUUGGAUCUUCAUUAUUAGUGUUGAUAUACUAGAUAAAUGUCUUAUUGAAUCUGUUGUACCAUUCUAUAUCUAUCUGUGCGUUGAGUCAGAUAUUGUUGUUACACAUUUCUAAAAUGUUGUUCUAUUAACGUCAAUUUUAUGACACGGAUGUGUGUAUAUAUCUACUGGAUAUAGUUACAUUAUACGGUACGGCAUUGCGUAUUGAUUAGGGAUCAUUUAGGGGUACAUAUUACACUUACAAAACAAUGGGCAAUUUCAAUUUGGAUGUUGAGGUUACAUCAAUCGUUGGAUCCGUAAACGCUGCCUCUUUGAUGGAUAAUCAAGACGGUGUCGGUAGUAAUCUAGAACGUCUUGCAUUGCUCAAGUACCAGAAGACGGACCAAGCUCGUGUCAUUUGUAAAGGUGUUUACGAACCUCGUCUUUCAUCUCGUCGUAAGUAUCACAACAAACUGCAACGCUUCGACUCACAGUCAAUUGACUCACUUGAUCUCGCUUACGAUGAUAAUGGGCUGAAUACAUUGUUGCACUCAUCUGGUUAUAAUGGCGUUAAUCGUACGGUAAUCUCUAAAUGUUCCAUAUCGACUUCUGAAAGUGCCACUGCGGUUGAUAUUAAUUGUUGCGGUUCUGACUAUGCCACAGGUGGCUCUUACGAAGGUUCACGUACUAUAUCAUGUACGUUAGACAGUGACGCUAGCAUCGAUUAUGUGGAUGCCUUACCGUUAUCUCAAAGAGAUCCAGCGUUGCCGAAUGGCGUCUAUUACAAGAGUAUUUCUAACAUUUCCGAUGCUAAUGAAUUAUUCCGCCAAGGCUCCCUUGGUACAGUACAAUCAUUCCCUUCUAUCGCCCAUUCCCACUUAAGUGAUAUCCUAGAACAGGACAUUGAUACAUGCUCCCUGUUUAUGGAAUCAGAUACUGAAUCUUAUUGUCAAACGGAUCGGCAAUAUGAUACCAGUCGAUUUGUGAAAGCUGAAUCUGAUUACAUAUCGGACGUCGUUGACAAUACAUCGGAUAACAACCAUGCUCAAGUUACGGAUACACGUAGAUAUACAUAUUCCCCUGAAAGCCAAUUAGGCGUUUUACGUUUAUUUUUUCAUCAGGAAGGAACCCCUAACAGGCUUAUUGAUUCAUCAUAUAUCCCGUCGCGGAUUGUGAUUAAUACAUCGCCAUUUGUGAUUGGCACUGAUUCAAGUUGUGAUUUGGUAUUUGACAACGAGCGAUUGCGCAAUAUAGCUGCUAGACAUUGCAGUAUAGAAUUAAGUAGGUGCACUGAUGUAGAUCCCGAUUUAUCUGGGUUGGGUAUUUGUGCAUUUGAGGUUGAGGUGGCUUUACUACAACCUGAUGCCACGUUGCUGAUUAAUGGCAUUUCCGUCAAAUCACGCGCCAAGCUUUUUGACGGUGACAUUAUAACAUUUGGUCCACGACAUAUGUCAGUCAGUUAUUCUGUAGCAUUCCGUACAAAGGAUUCUUGCAUCGCACUAAUGAAUCAGCUGAAUUCGCUUAUGCUUACACCAUCUGCUGGUGUUCGAUCGCAACCUUCUGGAGAAAGAUCACCUUCUGGUGAUUUAUCGUGUUCCCCUUCAUUAAGCAUAUUACGUACUAGUUGCACCGGUGACGUUGAUUACCAUGUAAACGUUGCUAUAUUUGAGCAAUAUUACGGUGAACCAUCAGUAGUUGGUAAUUUAUCGCAGGAUUGGGAUGCACUUUCGUGUGGCUACUCCCAGGAUGGAAAUUUCAGUGUUUCCCAGACACCGUAUUCCCAUAGCGGUCUAUACGACUCCAAUGAGUUGGAAAUUGUUAAUUGUUCAUUUCCGUCGACACCAUAUGGAUCACAGCUUGUUGGUAUGCAUACCCCAAGUUCAAGCUUUCUCUAUGCAGGCCUGAGUCAGGGCGACAUGGUCUCCCAACUGAGUGAGCAGAGAUCACCAUACAGUUCACUGCGUGCUGAGUUGGAAGCCUGUAACCUAAAUGAAGUGAAACAGGUACCGGAGAACUUAGACGAUGACAGCGUACUGAAUGGUAAAUUGCUUUUCAGUGCUUACGCUAACUCUCUGGAAUCUACUGGUAUCCUUGAUGGAAAUCUUAGCGGUAAUAUCGACCAUAUAAGUGAUGAGACUAGGACUAAACUGGAAGCUGCUAAAAUAGCAAGGCUACGCUCACUCAAUAAGACAUCAGUUCCCAUUGUUGUGGACACAUCGCGGACUCUAAGUUCACAGGAAAGUGAGAAUUGUCUAACAGUAUCUAAGUUACGGUUUGUCGGGGUUGUUCCUGCAUCAUACCAGACAACUCUAGAGGAAUUGCUCCCGAGAAUCACUGGCCUAUUACGUGGUAAUGUUGAACAGAGUCCAAGUUCACUUCGGGAUGUUCUGUGUGACUAUGAAGUAUUGACGAAACGUCGCGGCAAGCCACUAUCGGAGGACGAAUGUCAGUACAACUGGGUGUUUCAACUAGAUUUUUUCGACAGGGACGACCCAUUAUUCCGGAGAGCAGUGUAUACAUCGCAUCGUAUAAUUGAAUCAGAUCGCAGUCGUUUACGUAGUGCUGUAUCCUACACUAUACAGCAAUUGGAGCGCUCUCGUGUGUUAUACAUACAAAUGCGCUUUUAACAUAUUGUAUAAUAUUAGAUUUACUAGAUU